GGCAAGCGGCAGGCGGGUUAUCGUUACAUCGAGAAGUACGGCCCGAGGGCCAACAACAAAAACCAGUUCGUGGAGUGGGCCGACGAGAUGGCUCACGACGAGAACUCUCCGAUCUUCGGAUGGAUGGCAUCAGACGUCAAGGAGUCGCUCUGCAACUACGCGUCGGGCACUGUCGGCGCGAGGACACUCGCGCGCUGGGCGGUCACCCUCAAGCGGCUUGACCCGUUCCUGUUCGACCGCAUCGUCGCCCCCAUCCUUAGGAGCCACGACGUCCAUGGGACCGCGUGGAUCGGAAAGACCAGGGUCGGCAAAUCCGCAGCGUCCAAAACGAUCGGCUUCGCUAUCUACCAGAUUGAGAAGCACCGCCGCGCUGACCUCCGCCCGAGCGCCAUCACGGCGAAGAAGAUCGACUUCCUGCGCCUGGAGCCUGGGGCCAUAAUCAAGCCCGCCAUCGCAGACGAUGCCGCGCUGGCCAAGUGGGACCCCGACGAGAUCAAGGCUUUCCCCGACCCCGCCGAGGAAGACGCGCUGCUUUGGGCGAGGUGGGGCGGCGCCUCUUUCGAGCAGAACCAGCCCCGCCAGAUCUGCGUCAGUCCGUAUAACGAGGAGUCCGAGGCGACGGUCAAGUCCGUCAGCAGGGAGAAGGAAGAGGUAGCAUUCUUCAUCAAGACCAUCGACUGCAAUUUCAUCGGCGAAAAGCAGUGCAGCUACAGUAUGGCGGACGUGGAGGGGUACAUGGCGAGGUCCAACCCAGAUCUCUUCACGCCCGAGACGUACGACAUCCUCGAGGCAUUCAAGAAAGACCGGACUCGCGUUCCAUCCGACUACGACCAGCACAUGAGGUGGGCCGCGGCCGCCAUGAAGAAGUUAGCGCGGGGCGAGGAGCUCGGGCAGUCAUCGACGGUCCGUGGCCCCGCGCUCUUCGACCAGGACGCGCCCGCGAGAUGCUACUUCCCAGAGCCGACCAGCGCCUUGUGCCCCGUUCUCGAAGAUACGCGCGAUAUCGAUGAGCAGCUGAAUGUCUGCCGCGCCGUUCAGCAAAGCCUCUGCGAUCGCGCGGUGGCCUUUCACGGCCACGCGAUCGACAUCCCCUCGCCGCAGCCGCUUAAGCGCGGCGCCGAGCGCCUGGCAUGCCCCGACGCGUCCACCAUGGACGAGGAGGAGCGCGAGAGGCAACGCAGGCGAUGA